AUGGAUUUGAGGGUAGGCAGGAAGUUCCGAAUUGGCAGAAAGAUUGGGAGUGGAUCAUUUGGAGAUAUUUACCAUGGUACAAACCUUAUCAGCGGUGAAGAGGUCGCAAUCAAGCUAGAGUCGAUCAGAUCGCGUCACCCGCAACUCGAUUACGAAUCAAGAGUGUACAAGUACCUGAGCGGUGGUAUCGGUAUUCCAUUUAUCAGGUGGUUUGGCAGAGAAGGUGAAUACAAUGCGAUGGUGAUCGACUUACUUGGACCAUCUCUAGAGGAUCUGUUCAAUUACUGCCACAGAAAGUUUUCGUUUAAAACUGUGAUCAUGCUGGCCUUGCAGAUGAUAUGCAGGAUUCAGUAUAUCCACGGAAGGUCAUUUAUCCACAGAGACAUUAAGCCUGACAACUUUUUGAUGGGUGUCGGGCGCCGUGGAUCAACCGUGCAUGUUAUUGACUUUGGGCUUUCUAAGAAGUACAGAGACUUCUCGACACAUCACCAUAUCCCUUACAGGGAGAACAAAAAUUUGACCGGAACAGCUAGAUACGCCUCUGUUAAUACACACCUGGGUAUUGAGCAAAGUAGAAGGGAUGACCUUGAAAGUUUGGGUUACGUUCUCAUUUAUUUCUGCAAGGGCUCUCUCCCAUGGCAAGGCUUGAAGGCCACUACCAAAAGACAAAAAUAUGAUCGUAUUAUGGAAAAGAAGCUGUGCAUCAGCGUGGAGCAGCUCUGUGCUGGCUUGCCCAUGGAGUUUGUUGAAUACAUGCGCUAUUGUCGUAAUUUGCGUUUUGACGAGAGACCAGACUAUUUGUACUUGGCACGUCUCUUCAAGGACUUAAGCAUCAAGCUUGAGUACCACAAUGAUCAUCUCUUCGAUUGGACCAUGCUGAGGUACACAAAAGCAAUGAUCGAGAAACAGCGUGCAUCUGGUGAGUUGCCACAACUUGAGGAAAGCAAAGAAGAUGAGAGCAAGAGCGACUCAUUUAACCGUGUCAAGCAGCUUGCUAUGAAGAAGUUUUCUACUCACUUUCAUUACUGUAGGAGCGAAGACAAGCAUCAUCCCUCCCCAGAGGAGAUUAAACAACAGACCGCACAGAACAAUGAUGUUGCGGCAUCCAUUCCACAGGAACUUCUAAGCGCAAUCGACAAGGACAUGGACAAUUUGAAGCAAAAUGUCGCGCAAUCGCAUGAAGUUGCGCAACAACAGCCGCAACCUUCACCGAUUGUAGAACCUCUUCUUCAGCAACAACAACUGCAACAGCAAGGUCAACAAGAACGUCAAUUGGAAGCGCAAGCCACAAAUUCAUACGCCCCUCAGCAAUCCCAAACGAGGAAGCCUGCCCAAGCCACGCAGUAUCCUCCUGAAAAUCAAAGACCCGCUGGCGGAGACAUAUGGCUAUAA